CAGAGUCAUGGCGGCGUCCGCUGCAGCCCGGUCGAGCGUGGGGCUGACUUUGAAGCUUUCUCGGGUUAUCCCGGACUGUAGCGCGUGUCCCCUGUACAAAUUAAAGAGCUGUUUGAACAGUAGGGCCAGCUUACAGAGAACGGGCUCCCUAGAGGGUUUCCGGACGAUAAAUAGGCAUUUACAGACAAGUAUAGGUCUUUAUCAUCCUGAGGAGGGGAGCUCCAAUGCAGAAGAUCCAGAAGAUGUGGUCAACGUUGUGUAUAUAGAUCGGUCUGGCCAGAGGAUCCCGGUUAAGGCCAAAGUGGGAGAUAACGUCCUGUAUCUGGCUCACAAACAUGGAAUUGACUUGGAAGGAGCCUGUGAGGCAUCGCUCGCUUGCUCUACCUGUCAUGUCUAUGUGAGUGCUACUCAUUUUGACAAACUACCAGAACCUGAAGAGAGGGAGGAUGACAUGCUCGACAUGGCGCCUAUGCUUCAGGAGAACUCUCGGCUGGGAUGUCAGAUUGUUCUCACCCCAGAGCUUGAUGGCAUAGAGCUCACCCUGCCCAAAGUCACCAGGAACUUCUACGUGGAUGGCCACGUUCCUAAACCUCACUGAUUUACGGACCAGAAGAAGAUGAGCGGAGAAAGAAACGAGGGUGUUUCUGUGAACCAGAUGGCAUGUGUGCUGGUUGGGUGAUGAGGUGACUGUUAAAAGAUGCAAUGCUAGGAUAGUGUCAACCAAAGCAACUCCCAAGACGUCUUUUGAACUGAAAGAUUACACUGUUUAACCAACAUACAGACAGGCCUGCAGUCGAGGUUAGGGUUAGGCAGAGUUGGACACAACAUGAGUCUCACUGGAGGUGAUUUUAAUGGUUACAUGCAAGAGAAGCUGAUGGUGUAAGUGAAAUAUUUAUUUAUAUGGAAUGUUCUCAGGUUUUCUUUAUGACACCAAUCAGAGAGUGCUCUUUGAGAAAACUAAGACACACCACAGAGCAGUGUCCCCCCUCUACUGAUUAAUGGAACAUUCCGUGUUACUGCUCAUAUACGCACAAUUAUCACAAGGUGUUAAUCAUUUUGACCAGUCCAUUAUCCUGAUAUCAGAUGUUUUAUGCUCAGCAUUUGUUUUUUUUUGUUUUGUUUUUUUUUAUGUGCCAUGCUCAUUUAUAAAUGUUGUAUUUCAUCAUAUUAGCCAUAAGUUAUACACUUAAGUUUUCCUGCUGUGUGGUUGUUAGGCCUGACAGAUGAGCCUUUAUAAUACCAGGAAUAUUUGAUGUAUAAAGGUGGGGUCUUUACAAGGAAAAAACAAAAAACAAAACAUGAUUUAGGAUGUUGAAAUGAUGUAUAUCAGGGGUGUCAAACUCCGGUCCUCAAGGGCCGCUAUCCUGCAGGUUUUAGUUAUUUCCUUACACCUGAAUAAAAUCAAAUGGAUCCAACAGCUUCUUGUCUACUUCUUCACAAUAACCCAUUAAUUUCAGUCAAGUGUGUUAGAUCAGGGAAGCAAUGAAAACCUGCAGGAUACCAGCCCUCGAGGAUCGGAGUUAGACACCCCUGAUGUAUAUUCACUCUAAAACAUUUUACAAAUUCAGAUAGCUUUUCAUUAAAGUGGAAAAUACAUUUCAAUGUAGUUCCUCUCUGGUGAUGGUAAAUUAAUGGCUCGAUUAGGUGGUCUGGUUCAGGUGUGUCUGGAGCCCGAUCAGGAAGCUGGUGGGCUUCAUGUUACCACACAACGUGUUUACUACAUCCACACUUAACAAGUUUACUGUACUUGUCCAAUUUCACGCACAAAUAUAAGUGAACAGUAUCAAAAUUGGAAAUAUUUUAAAUUGU